CAGCCACUGUCUGCCACCGACCAUCAUCAGUGCCCCUCUUGUCCUUGAACAGCUCCUCGGAACGAUCCCUGGGGUGCUGCGAUAUAUAUACUAGUACUUCUCGAAUGGCUGCCGACUUCAUUUCUUCGACCAAGGUUCCAGCUUUGGUUGUGUACUGCCAACGAGUUGCCGGGAAACAUGCUGAGUUCAUCCCCACACUCGGCCAAGAACUUAGCCUUCGCUAUGAUCUUGUCAAACCUAUCCUCCAGCAGUGUGAGCCACACGACCUCCUGCGGCUCGAACGUGGCUCAACGAGACUCCAGCACAAUACCCAAGAAUUAUGGAAGAUCCUCUCUAUCAAAAAGUACAGUAUUCAGCUCCAGGGAUAUCUCUCAGGGGAUGCCCCAGAACCAGAGUCCUGGAGAGAUCAUUACUUCGUUCUCCAAAAAGCCGAAGCGAAACAUCUAGAAGAAGUGGGAUCACGUCUGCGCUCCCAGCGACUCGAGCACGAACAGCAAAAGAAGGAGCGUGAGGUCAAGAUCACGGACCAAGUUCCUCCGCAGAAGCGUCUUCGACCAUGUAAGCUGAUCGUGACGUUUAUACCACGCACCUGCUCUCAUGCCACGUUGUUCUUAGGGUCGGGGCCUGGUCAACCCAAGACCUUGAUGCAGAGGACCUACUCUGAAGCUUCUAAACUACACAAGACCGUGUACAAUGCUAGGUUCACCGCCAAGGGCAAACCUCUUUCGAAACCUCCUAGCGUGCCUCUGCUACCGACGCCUUCUCCUAACUAUGCAAGUCGAGUGACGGUCACCACUGUGAAGCACCGACAACCUACCUCCUCUUCACUGCCAAGCAAUACAAAUUUGAACCAUCCGUCGUCCACCACCGCAUUAUCAUCAACGUCUUUCAGAGAAACUACGACAUAUCCGCCACAUCUUCUUUCCGAUUGUACGCUUCCACCAGACGACUGUGGGCCAUCUCCGUUAUCUGCAGGAAAGAAACCUAAGGUUAUUCAAAAAUCUGCACUGCUCAAUCAGACAUCGCCGCCACGGCCAAAGAAGAACCCCAUGACCUCCAUGUUCAUGCCCAAGGAUCGUGCUUACUCGCAACGUCCAACGGUUUCAAGAUAGUUUUUUUAAAAAAAUUUUGCAUCGGCAUCGUCUUUCAGCAUAAUGGCUCCUCCUUAUUGUUUGACCAGUAUACUCCUAUCUUACAACGUGUACACUAUACGCAUAGAAAUUUCCCGACUACGCUCAGGUCGUAGCGGUAGGUAUAUCCCACCGGAACAUACGUGUACUACUACGCAUUUCAUUUUUCCAAUCUGAUU